GUUUUUCACUCGGUCACAAACCGUCACAAUGGUAAACUGUAUAUGUUUACAUUAAAACAUAAACUUCAACAUCAUAUUUCAGAAUCUAAAGUUUUGAAGGACAAUUGUAAUAUAUCCAAUAAAACAACAUAAACUAAGUUUCCAGGUUUUGUACUUUCCCUGCAGGUUAGAGUCACACAGUCUGUCGCAACUGCCUGUCCUUGACGAAUGACUGUGUAAUGAGUGGGUUCUUGUUUACUCAAUAAGUAAUGAUUAGAUUGGGGGGAUAGUGCUCCCCAAAUGACUCAGUAAUUUGCAAGUGACCACUGCUGAAUCUGAUAUAAGGAGCGCUUUGGCUGCUACACAUCCAACUGGAAAAGAACAUAAUGAAGUCCUGGUGCGCCCUUGCGUUUCUCUGCUUGGCAUAUUUCUGCCAUGGCGCUCUGUCUUGCCCGCCACUUUGCCAGUGCUACCAAAGAAGAGCUGAGGUGGUCUGCAAUGAGGUUCCCCUGACAGAGUACCCCUCGAAGAGUCUCCCGAGGAACACCACCCUGCUAACCAUCCAGUUUACGAACAUCACCACGAUAUCUGAGCUGCAGCUGAAUGCCACACCCCUUCUGAAAGGGCUCCACCUGUACAGCAACCACCUGCAGACCCUUUCCUCGCAUCUUUUCAGAGGUGUUCCUCACCUUGAAACUGUGGAUCUCACAGGAAACAAGCUGUCCGACCUGCCUGCGGACGUCUUCAGCCACGCUCAGCUUCACAACUUGGUGCUGAAGAAUAAUCUUAUUGAGAAAGCCGAUGCAAAUUGGCUCUCUGAUAACAGCAGCAUCACCUGGUUGGAUUUAUCAGGGAACAGUUUAACAAAGAUCCCAGCCGCUCUGCUUCAAAAGCUGCCUCACCUGGACAAUCUGGACUUUGCCAACAACCGUCUGGAGAAGAUUUCAGCAAAUUCACUGGACACGCUGACCAAACUUGAGAGGCUAAACCUGAAAAACAACAAGCUCAGCACACUGGAUGCAUCUAUAUUUCAAAACACCCAAAACCUCGGUUAUCUGUUCCUGGCUCAGAAUAAACUCAGCAAGCUCCCUCAAGACCUUUUUCAGGGGCUCAGUCAGCUCAAAGUCCUGAGUCUGGAAGACAAUCAGCUAAGCAACAUCCCCGCAGGUCUGCUGGACCCUCUGAGUUCCCUGGACGAGGAGGGGCUGGACUUGUCCGGCAACCCGUGGCUGUGUGAUGGGAAGCUGGAGUACCUCUGGAAAUGGCUUCAGAAAAACAAGAAGAAGGCCUUCCUGCCAGAGACCUUCAUAUGUGCUGGACCGCAAUCUCUGGCAGGGCGGUCAGUGAUUUCACUGACAGAAAGUGAACUAAACCUUCAGUCUUAACUUUUUCUGUCCUUAUACUGGUUAUCUGAUAUUGUGAUGUAUCCAGUUCAGCCUGUUAUAGCUGCCUUAGUUUACAAUCACAAAAACAUUCUCUUGUUGAAUGUAAAAUUAAAUAUGAUACGAAUAAAAAGAGCUUUUAAGAA